AUGUCGUCAAUUAAUCCCAUCAUACCGGGUUUCGCACCGGAUCCUUCCGUCGUCAAAGUAGGCGGAUGGUUUUUCCUCAUCAACUCCAGCUUCCAUCUGUUUCCUGGUCUGCCCAUCUAUGCUUCGCAGGGCCUCAUUUCGUGGCAACAUAUAGGAAAUGCUAUUAAUCGCCAAUCUCAACUGAGUCUGUCCAAAUCGAAAACGGAACUACACCCGUUGCCCACGGGUGAAGUUCUGGUGGCCACCGGAGGCUUAUAUGCGCCCACGAUCCGAUACCAUGCCGGCACCUUUUAUGUCGUAUGCACCAAUGUGGUUCGUACAGUCACCGGCGACUCCAGCCAGAACUUCAUCAUCUCAACCAAGGAUAUCUGGGCCGACAGCUGGAGCGAUCCAGUCUAUUUCGAGUUCAAUGGUAUCGACCCGAGCCUCUUCUUUGACGACGACGGCAAGACAUACAUUCAGGGAUCAGCAGCACCUGGACCUUUCACCACGAUAAAUAUGUUCGAGAUCGAUCCCAACUCCGGCAGAAAGCUCUCAGAGGAGAGAACGAUAUGGCGCGGUACCGGUGGUAUAUAUCCCGAGGGUCCACACUUGUAUAAGCGGAAAGGCUAUUACUAUGUGAUCAUCGCAGAGGGUGGCACUCAUGAAGGGCAUAUGGUGACGAUGGCGCGAUCAACGGACAUCUGGGGUCCAUACGAAGGGUGUCCUGACAAUCCCAUACUCACUGCGCGAGACACCGACGAGUACAUCCAGUACACCGGGCACUGCGAUGUCUUCCAGGACGACAGGGACCAAUGGUGGUGUACCUGCCUCGGCGUGCGGAAGGAUAAGAAUGGCCGCUAUGUUAUGGGCCGGGAGACGUUUCUGACGCAAGGGAGCUGGGACGGAGAAUGGCUCUCCCUGGACCAGGUUAAACUGAUGCCCAGUGGUCUUCUAGCCUGCGGUGAAGGGAAGAAACUCAUUGCCAACGCCGGCCUCGACUACGUCUACAUACGUGAUAUCAUUCUGAGCAAUUACACCCUACUCAGCAGUACCAGUGACGGUCUGACUCUGACUGCUUCAAGCGCUGAUCUGUCGCAUCCUGAGCUCAGUCCUAGUUUUAUCGGCAAGAGGCAGCGCCACUUAGACGGGUGGAGUGGUGUCGAGCUGGACGUUGUGGAGGCGACUUGGAGGCCGGCGAAGCUGCGGGCUGGAAUGGCCUGCUACAAGGACGAGCAUCGCUUUCUCCGAAUAUAUUAUGACGCUACAAAGCUUGCUAUUGUUAUUGAGGCAAUCAACAGGCCCAAGAAGAUUUGUCGACAGGAGCGGCAGACACUCGAGAGCCCACCCAGGUCAAUAGCUUUUCGAAUGCAAUAUACGGAACAGGAGUAUCAGCUAUUCUACAACGUUGGAGAUGCCUCUCAGUCGGAUUGGACGUGGGCAUCGACGAUUGACACUCUGGAUCUGACUGGCCCCGAUUUUACAGGCCCGGUCAUUGGCGUCUUUGCGGUGGCAGAGUCAACAGAUACUGCAGUGCAGUUUAAGAACCUCACUAUUUGCUAA